AGUUCGGUCAUGAGAGUUCGGUGUGCCAAGGGUGGUCCAGGUCCAUCGUUGGUGGGGGACACAGUGGUCUCUGGAAGCGUUUCUUUGUGCUACUUCAUGUAUGACAGUGUAAACUGGGAUGCCUUGAAGGCUACGCACAGAAACGUCAUGCCUUUUCUGGUAUGUUUAUUCACGUUUCCAGAAUGCGGAGGCCAAAUGCGGGCCGAGGUGAAGACCAAGGACCUUUACUCGCAUGCCCAGUUUGGAGAUAACAACUACCCGGGAGGCUCCGAUUGCGAAUGGGUGAUUGUGGCUGAGGAAGGCUACGGAGUGGAGCUGAUCUUCCAGACCUUUGAGAUCGAGGAAGAGGCCGACUGUGGCUACGACUACAUGGAGUUGUUUGACGGCUACGACGGGACAGCCCCGCGCCUGGGACGCUAUUGCGGCUCUGGGGUAGGCUACUUGAUUAUUUUGCAAAGGGACUGUCUAUGUUUUUCUGCAGUCCUUGCAAGAAGGUCGUUGGUGCAAGAGGGUCUUUGUUUCAGGAAGAUGGCAGAAGGCAUUGGUAAGGUGGUGAAUCUGAACCUUCUGGAAGGAAAAUGAAGAUAUUGGACCUAA